CCGGGAAGCUAACCAAGCAAGGACAUAACCAUACAUAGCAUUAUGUUAGUAGACUCAAACCCCCCUCUCCUACACAACUAUGGAGCCCUUCUACACAAGCCAUCCAGUAAAACUCCUCAACUACAUGAAAACCAUAUCACAGAAGAAUGCCAGCUCCCAUUGAUAGACCUCGAAGGGUUGAAGAGCCUUGACAUGAUCCACAGGCUAGAAUGCGCUAGAAUGAUUUGUAGAGCCUCCUCGGAAUGGGGCUUCUUCCAAGUGGUGAACCAUGGCAUAAACCCUGAGCUUAUAAAGAAGAUGAGGGGAGAGCAAGUGAAGUUGUUUUCAGCACCCUUUGAGAAGAAACAAAAUGCUGGCCUGCUCAACAAUUCAUACAGGUUUGGGACUCCAUCAGCAACUCACCCAUCUCAGUUCUCUUGGUCUGAAGCUUUUCACAUUCCUGUCUCAAAAAUCUCAGACCAAGCUUGCUAUGGAGAGUUCGCCUCUCUAAGGGAAGUGAUGGAGGAAUUUUCAGCAGCCAUGUCGAGUCUAUCAAAAGUGCUCGCAGAGGUUCUAAUCAAUAAUCUCGGCAACCAAGAGGAAGCUCUAGAAGACAUUUGUGAGUCGAGCUCCUGCUUUCUUCGCUUGAAUCGCUACCCGGCUUGUCCAUUUUCACCAGAUAUGUUUGGUCUAGUGCCUCACACAGACAGUGAUUUCCUCACCAUUCUUUGCCAAGAUCAAGUAGGAGGACUUCAGCUCAUGAAAGACUCCAAAUGGGUUGCUGUAAAACCCAAUCCGGACGCGCUUAUCGUCAACAUUGGAGAUCUUUUCCAGGCAUGGAGCAACGAUGUGUAUAAGAGUGUUGAACACAUGGUCAUGGCCAACGAGAAAACGGAACGAUAUUCGAUUGCAUAUUUUCUGUGCCCAUCUUAUGAUUCUUUAAUAGGAAGUUGCACCAGCAGAGAAUCCUCCAUUUAUAGAAAGUUCACAUUUGGAGAAUACAGAAGCCAAGUUCAAGAGGAUGUCAAGAAACUUGGCCAUAAAGUUGGACUCUCUAGAUUUCUUAUUUCGGAAGACCGGCCUGCACUGGCAAUUAGAUAAUGGAGGCAUCAGAUUCUAUCAAAUUUAGUACUGCAAGUUGAAAAAGGAGGGAAUGCAAUUGAUUGAUUCCCACAUGAGUUGA